AGAAAGUCAUCUAUGACACUGCCAUUGCUUAACCUACGGGAGAGAGCACCAAAAUGGCAGAGAAUCCGGAACUCUUCUGUUGCUCCAUCUGUCUGGAUCUACUGAAGGAUCCGGUGACUACUGCCUGUGGACACAGUUACUGUAUGGGCUGUAUUAAAGAAAGCUGGGAUCAGGAUGAUCUGAAAGGUUUCUACAGCUGUCCACAGUGCAGACAGACCUUUAUCCCAAGACCUGUACUGAACAGGAGCACUGUGCUGGCUGAAGUGGUGGAGAAACUGAAGAAGACAGGACUCCAGGCUGCUCCCCCUCCUGCUCUGUGCUAUGCUGGACCUGGAGAUGUGGCGUGUGAUUUCUGCACUGGGACCAGAAAACAGAAAGCCCUCAUGUCCUGUCUGGCGUGUCUGGCCUCUUACUGUGAAACUCACCUCCAACCGCACUAUGAAUCCCCUGCUUUCAAGAAGCACAAGCUGGUCAAAGCCACCACACAACUACAGGAGAAGAUCUGCUCUCAUCAUGACAAACUGCUGGAGGUUUACUGUCGUACUGAUCAGCAGUGUAUCUGUUAUCUGUGUACAAUGGAUGAACAUAAAGGCCAUGAUACAGUGUCAGCUGCAGCAGAGAGGACUGAGAAACAGAGGCAGCUGGGGAUGAGUCAACAGAAGGUCCAGCAGAGAUUCCAGGAGAGAGAGAAGGAGCUGAAAGAGCUCCAACAGGCUGUGGAGUCUCUCAAGCUCUCUGCACAGUCAGCAGUGGAGGACAGUGAUCAGAUCUUUACUGAGCUGAUCCAAUACAUUGAGAAAAGGAGCUAUGAGGUGAAGGAGCUGAUCAGAGCCCAAGAGAAGGCUCAAGUGAGUCAAGCUGAAGGACUCCUGGAGCAACUGAAGCAGGAGAUAGCUGAGCUGAGGAAGAGAAGCACUGAGCUGGAGCAGCUCUCACUUAUAGAUGAUCACAUCCAUUUCCUCCAGAGUUAUCAGUCUCUCUCCAGUAUCAGUGUAUCUUCAGACUUACCCAGCAUCGUUGUCUGUCCUCUUCAGUACUUUGGAGAUGUGAGUAAGACUGUGUCUGAACUGAGAGAGAAACUAGAAGACUUCCUUAAAGGAGAAUGGACCAAGAUCUCCACUACAGUGAAUAUAGUGGAUGUUGUACUGCCUCCAGAGCCCAAGACCAGAGAACAGUUGUUACAAUAUUCCUGUCAGCUCACACUGGACCCAAACACAGCACACACACACCUCUCUCUGUCUGAAGGGAACAGAAAAGUGACCUAUACAGGCCAAGUCCAACCAUAUUCUGACCAUCCAGACAGAUUCACCAACCAGUACCAGGUUCUGUGUAGAGAGGGUCUGUCUGGACGCUGUUACUGGGAGAUGAAGUGGAGUAGUUAUGUUAUUACAGCAGUCUCAUAUAAAGACAUCAGCAGAACAGAGAGAGAUAAUAUAUUUGGAUACAAUGACAAGUCCUGGAGUUUACAAUACUAUAGAGGUGGUUAUUGGUUCAGACACAAUAACGUUGAGACUAAAGUAUCAGGCCCUCAGUCCUCCAAAGUAGGAGUGUACCUGGAUCACAAGGCAGGUACUCUGUCCUUCUACAGUGUCUCUGACACAAUGACCCUCCUCCACAGAGUCCAAACCACAUUCACUCAGCCCCUCUAUCCUGGGUUUCAUCUCUGCGGUACUGCUGAGCUGGUUAAACUGUAGUAGGGUCCACAUAGAUACUAGUCAUGCUGGUGUAGUCUAUAGCUGAGCUGAUUAAACUGUAGUAGGGUCCACAUAGAUACUAGUUAUGCUGGUGUAUUCUAUAGCUGAGCUGGUUAAACUGUAGUAGGGUCCACAUAGAUACUAGUCAUGCUGGUGUAGUCUAUAGCUGAGCUGGUUGAACUGUAGUAGGGUCCACAUAGAUACUAGUCAUGCUGGUGUAGUCUAUAGCUGAGCUGGUUAAACUGUAGUAGGGUCCACAUAGAUACUAGUUAUGCUGUUGUAGUCUAUAACUGAGCUGGUUAAACUGUAGUAGGGUCCACAUAGAUACUAGUCAUGCUGGUGUAGUCUAUAGCUGAGCUGGUUAAACUGUAGUAGGGUCCACAUAAAUACUAGUUAUGCUGGUGGUGUGAACUUGUCCACUUCCCUUCAUGGAUUUUAAAGUAAAUGACUGGUAUAUGUAUACUCCCUCUACCCCAUACCAACACCAAUCCAAUGAUUUUACAUUUGUGAGGAGUAGAGAAGGAAUGUUACCCUUCAGGAGGAAAGAGAGAUUAUUGGCACGUCCCCAUGGAGUGAUGAUAGAGGGAUGUGAAAGAGGAGAGAGGUUAAAAAAAAUAUUAAAAUAAAUAAUAAUUACACAAAAAAUAAACAUUUACAUUCAAGGAAGUAUUCUGGUAACAAAGUAAACCUGUAAUAAAAGUCACCAUGAAAUGUACAGUUCCAUAGUUUAUCGUGGGAAAUUCUUCCUCUCUCCUAUGAGUCAUUGAAGUGUUGGAUGAGAUGGGACCCUGCUUUCACCGGGGGAUAUUUGUUGAACCCGUCACAACAGAUGAUGAAGUCCUCAUUUUCCAGCUGCACAAAGAAAACCAGGGACCGCAGUGUGCUCCAGUCUCCAGCAGGGAGCAGUAAAACACUAUGGACCUGAAACGGAAAAUGAGAAGUAAAUAUCAAAGUGAAUGUACGUUAAUGUUUCCACAGAGACCUGAGUCAUAUUCACUAGGCACCAAACUGAAGAAAAUGAACUGAAACUGGGAGGGACUCACUGAACUUAAAAUAAAAGUUUCUGUUGCAAAAUCUGUUGCUAGAGUAUGCCUUAACGAAUUCAACCCUGGAUUCAUAUACUACACUGAACAAAAAUAUAAAUGCAACAUGUAAACUGUUGGUCCCAUGUUUCAUGAGCUGAAAUAAAAGAUCCCAAAAUGUUUGCAUACACACAAAAACUUUU